AUGUUCCAUGCCACAACUAACAGCGUCAGAAUUUACAAACCUGGCACAAAAUUUAACAAAGAAACCGGUUUCUACCAAUCUUUCCCACCUGCCGAUCACUCUAUCUUUCAGAUUCUAGAAACCAAAGAGGCAAUGGCGCGCAAGAACAUGAUGAACCCGUACUUCUCUCAAGAAGCGAUUCGUCGCGCAGAGCCUCUGAUCCAAAAGUUCACGACUAAAUUCCUAACGAUCUUGGAGAGGGCAGCACGUGAAGCCAGACCCGUGAACAUGAGUUUGGGAUUCAAAUGCCUUGCAGCGGACACAAACAUGAAUUUCUCUUUCCAAAGGCCUUUGGGCGCUCUCGAUGCGCCGGACUUUGACUUUCCACUUGUGAGAGCGACCGAUGCGUCGAUAAAGGACGUUCAGUGGGUUCUUUACUUUCCCAAAAUGUUUAGAUCCUUGUUCGACGCAAUAGAUUUGCUCCCACAAAAGCUAGUCGAUAGGUUCUUUGAACCUUUGGCGCAGAUGAAAUGGGUCAUGAACACCUCCCGCGAUCGUAUUUUAGAACUCAAGAAACGCUCUGCCGUCGAUCGGCUUCCGACGGUCUUCGAUACCAUGCUGAAUCCCAACCUCGAAAAGGGCCAGUUCACCCCUUCGCUUGAUGAGCUCUCCGCAGACGCGGUGUUUUUGCUUAUCGCAGGCACGGAUACCACAGCACACAAUCUCAUAGUGGCAACAUACAGCACCCUGACCAAUCCCUCCAUAUUGGCGAGCCUCAAAGCCGAGCUGAGGGAGGCAAUGCCCGACAAGGACAGUCUGCUUGACUGGGCGGCCCUGGAGAAGUUACCUUAUUUGCGCGGCAUCAUCAAAGAAUCCCUACGCUCAUCCUCCGGUGCUCCUGGCCAUCUCCCACGUGUAGUCCCUCCAACAGGCGCUGUCUUCUGCGGGCGGAAGAUACCACCAGGAGUAAGAGGCCUCCUAAAGAUCCUCCAUGUUCACCACACCGACCCGGACAUCUUCGAGGACCCCAUGGUCUUUCGUCCUGAGCGAUGGUUGCAAGACGAUGCCACUGAAAUGGAAAGGAAUCUUCUGAGUUUCUCGCGCGGCUCAAGAAUGUGCCCAGGAAUGAAUCUGGCAUACGCUGAGCUCUACCUCACGCUUGCGCACCUGUUUCGCAGAUUCGAUCUCGAAUUAUAUCAGACUACGCCCGAGGAUAUGGAGUGGAAAGAUGUCACGGUGCCUAGAAUGAAAGGCCAUUUGAAGCUUCUGGUAAAAGAGGUGAAGGAUUGA